UAUAAUAACUGCAAACCACUUCAACAAGUCAUUGAGGAUUUCUCUCUCUCUCUUUUUUUGAACAGAGAAAACCCAAAAGCUCUCUCUCACUCUCUUUGAUGGAUAUCAAUCAAACAAAGCUCCCAAAUCACACUUGGAAUGUUGAAAUGUCCAUGGAAGAUCAUAUCCUCCAAGAACAAGUUCCUUUGCAUCCAAUUUGGCCAAGCUACCCUCUUCAAACGCCAUCCUCAACUGCAAUAUCCACACAAAUACCGACUAGUGCAACAACUUUUUACAGUACUCAUGACCAAAUAGGCCACCUUGUUGAAGAGGAAGAAGAGCCAGAAGAAGAGCUAAGCGCCAUGAAAGAAAUGUUGUACAAGAUUGCCGCGAUGCAGCCUGUGGACAUAGAUCCAGCCACUAUCCGAAAGCCCAAGAGACGCAACGUGAGAAUCAGUGACGAUCCCCAGAGCGUGGCAGCGCGUCACAGGCGAGAGAGGAUAAGCGAAAAGAUCAGAAUUCUACAAAGACUUGUCCCAGGGGGCACCAAAAUGGACACGGCUUCAAUGCUAGAUGAAGCUAUCCGCUAUGUCAAGUUCUUGAAGAGGCAGAUUCGGGUGUUACAACAAUCCAAUAACCAUCAGCCACCACCAUCCCCUGUGGACUGGCAAGUGACACCAAAUAAGCCUCUUGUUUCCACCUCCUCAACCUCCCUGGAGACUCAGCCAGGCCCUGGAUUCACUUUUGCUGACAAUGGGGGAAACCCCUUGUGCUUUAAUCAUGAGGUAAUUAGUGAUUAAUGUCUCUAAAUCAACAUGUAAUUGUUGUAUUAAUGAUGAUAUUAGUGAAGAGAUGUAUAUAUAGAAAUAUACAUUAAGAUUUUAUAUAGAAACAAUGUAAGGUUUUAGGGGGGUGUGAGGGAAAAAGGGUUUGUUAUGAUUUUGUUGAUUCAUGUGUGGAAUAAUCAUAACGGUUAGCUUGAGUUACGUAGAGCCUUAUAUAAAUAUACAAUAUGGUUAUUGAAGAGUCUAAAAUGGCCGGAAAGUUUGUUUGGGCGACUCCCUUUCCGGGAAUAAACACAGUGACGUGAUAAAGCUAUUGAAAUCAUUGUUCUUUCCCUUCUCUUUCUGCAAUACUAUAUUAUUUUUGGCUGUUUGAAGACAUCAGCACAUGUAUGCAAAAUGCAAAUAUACUUUGUUUAUAUAUAUAUAUAUGCAUGAAUACAUGUGACAUGGAGAAGAAAAAAGACCUCCUAUAUAGGACAGUACUUAAACCCUAGAUGAUUACAAGCUAAAAUGAAAAUGAAGAAAACUUGACCCACCUCUUGGGCUUAAUUUGUUAAAUUGGUAAUGAUGGGUGUAAUUUGAAUCGCCAGAGAUCUUAUGUUUAACAGCAGUACUCCCUCUUAUAUCGGAAAAGAAAUUGAAGAAAACCUCGCUAAUUUAGCCCUUGGAAAAAGUAUAUAUUGCAUCCUAUAUAUUUUUCCUUAUUCUUUUUAGUAUUUCUUUUUCUCGAAGA